AUGAAAAAAUCAAACCAACCUACACCCUCGCUUUCCUACCUCCCUCAAGACAUUCUCUCCAAAAUUCUAGGCUUAGCUGGUCAGACAUCACGUGUUGAUGUUAAAAAUGCCAUGCUAACAUGCAAGGUACUUGGAAAAUCAGCUGAUGAUGUUCAGGUCCUAGCAACAUUGGAGCUCAAUGAUAUUGUAAAAACACCAUUGCUGGCUAUAGGCAAUUAUACAGAUUUACUUGCUAAAUGCUUACAGCAUUCCAACCCAUCAGCACACUACAUUCAAGGAUUGUUAGAGUAUUUUUACUUCGGCAAUCCUCUUGAAGGCUUGAAUCAUUUGAAGGUGGCUGCAAAGCACAAAAGUCCAAUCAAAGAGGCUGUUUAUCUCUAUGGCAUAAUCAACUUAUGUACUGGGGAAUAUGAAGUAGGAAAAGAGUUUUUGGACAAGCUUGGGUGGAAGGAAGACAAAUCAGUAGCAGACCUAUGCUGGAAGAAUAUUAAAACUGGUGUUCAUGGGAUUGGAAUCAUAAGGAAGCCAGAAUAUGCACACUCACUAUGGGCAAUGAUGCCUCCAUAUGUUUGCAACUUAAAUGACAUGGAAAAUACUUGCGAGAAGUGCUAUUAUUACAAACAAAUGAUCAAAUUUGUUUACACAAUUUAG